AAUUUAACAACGAUGACGUUCUUCGUUUGGCUGAAGCCAAGUAAGCUACACACACAGGCAACAUUUUGACCGGCAAUUCCGACAAAAUGAUGUACAUGUUGACAGUUUACUAGCUCUUGAGACAAAACCUCUUACUGGUCCAAGUAUUCGUCAACUGUGACGCAAGAAUCCCCCCUCCCUCUCUCUCUCUCUCUCUCUCUCUCUCUCAUCCUCUGUCGGAGCAAAGCCGGUCUGCCUCACAUGGACCCGAGACUUUAACAUCGCGUCAAGACUCUCAGUAGUUCCCUUUUGGAAACACAAAAGAGAAGUUUGAUCAGGUGGAGCCAAAUAUCUCUUCAAAAGGAUCUUGCGUGUGUGUUUCAGCUGAAACAGGUUUCAGGAGCGCAGACGAGUGCCAUCCUACCAUUUCUUUGCAAAAGACUUCUUAAGAGGAAUAAUGAGGAACAUUUGGAUAUUCCUGACACUUUCAGCAGCUGUCUGCUUGUCCAGCGACAAGGUACUGGUUUCUGGUCAGUCCCCUGCCUCAACUGAUGACAUCUAUUUAGAUGACCAGCAGUCUGGUGACUACCCUUUAGAUGAUGAUGACUUCACUUCUGGUUCAGGAUCAGGUUCAAGUGACACAGUUGACUAUGAAGACACUUCCACAGUAAUUGCGCGGUACCCAGAAUUCAAAGCAGGGUCUACUCAGCGUCCUGUCUACAGCAGCAGCCCCAGCUCAGAGUCCUCCAUCUCCAAAGAGAUGGACAAAAUCAGCAUAGACCCAUGGAUUGAUGCAGACGUUGUACCAGAGAUCUCUGACAAUCAGACAGAAAAGCCCCAGGUCACUGUUGAAGCCACCAGCUCACUGAGUGUUGUACAAGAUGACAACAUGCAUCAGGAGCUUCACACAGAAAAUCUCUUCAAGAGGACAGAAGUGCUGGCAGCGGUUAUAGCCGGUGGAGUGAUUGGCUUACUGUUUGCCAUCUUCCUAAUCCUCCUUCUGGUGUACCGCAUGAGAAAGAAGGACGAGGGGAGCUACGACCUUGGAGAGCGCAAGCCUCCCAGCUCAGCCUAUCAGAAGGCUCCGAGUAAAGAGUUCUACGCCUGAACAACCAAUCAUUGCCAACAGUAACAUCGUUAUAACAACCAACUCCUCUCCAAGAGUAAUGGUGGAUCGGUAGCACGUCGAUGGGAGGUUUUGUUUUUUUACGGGGAAACUUUACUUGUUUAAAAAUGUAACAAAAAAGUAAUUUUGCUUCACAAAGCCAACCGGGGCUUGUAUUUUCUUUUUUGGAAUCAAAAAUGUCAAAGAUUGUCUCUCUAUGGGUUUUGAAAACAGUUGUUGUCAGUGUAUGAAGGUAAAUCAUUGCUCACAGGUUUUAGUUGACUACUUUUUUUUUAACAGUAGCGGUACAUUUUAUUAAAGAACAAGACAAUUCCGGGAUGUAAAUCCUGGGUUAUAUCUGAUACUUUUAAUUUCCCACUGAUUACAUUUCAGUAACUUAUCUCAGUUUGGAUUUUAUCAGUAACUUGAUUUUCAUCUCUUCGUUUUUGUAAAGGGUUUUUCUCCCUUGGCUUGUGCCAUUCUGUUCAUCAGUCAAAAUGAAUGUUUGUACUUCCGUCUGGAUGAUAUCAUUCAAAGAUCACAACAUUUUUUCAGAAUGUUUAAAUGUAUUUCAUGUUUCUAAUGUAGUUGGUACAGUGUUAAGUCCCUAAAAGUUCAAAUUCUAGUUUGCCUGAAGCCAAGAACACAUUGCUCUCUACUUGUACUACUUUAUUCUCUCUCUUUUCAAGUAAACACUCAUGAAGUAUAAAGUCUCUUAGAAAAAUCAGCACCGCCAUUCAUAGCACUGCAGUAAUUUACUUAAAUUAAAAUUACUUUGACCAUUAUGUAAAUUUGCAUUGCACAUAAAAGCGCAUCAAGGUCAAGAAUGUUUUGUAUUUCCACAGAACUAUUUGAUAUCGUGCACUUACCCAAUGCUUGGAAGGAAAAAAAAAGUUCAUUAGAAUAAGAUAUGGAUUUUUUUUCCACAUGAAUUCAGUCUUCAUUAUGAACAAGUGGAAGAGUCCAAGAAUGAAUCUUCCAUGACAGGUUAACAUCAUUUACCCAAUAUAAGUCGUCAGUAUUACUGAUUUUACGCCCACAGUUCUCAAUCAACACAUUUUCAAUGUUCACUGUUGACUGGAACCCUAAUAAAGGCUAUUUUUCUUUAUUUCAUUAUAUUAUCCCUAAUGCGGAAGCAGCUUUUGCAAAUAUUUCUCCUAUGUUUCUGACUCGAGCAUAUUCUGCUGAAUGUCUCUGACCUUCCAAAGACUCAAACAGUGUUGUUAACAGUGAUGGUGAUUAAUAAUAUGAAUCACAUCUGCUCAUUUUUACUCUUCUUUUCAUGUGCAUUUCCAUCGUUUCUUUUAAAGACCUGACCAUUUAGAGUCAACGACGUCUCUGUAUAUGUUAAUAUACAAUAAUUUAUAGAAUAUAAUUAUUUAUAUACUACAUAUUGUAUGUAAUAUGUUAGAUUAAAAAAAAAAUCUCUGAAAAUGUAUAUUCACAAAUGUUUUAGAAGCCCUUGAAGUGCCUACUGUUCUGAAACAGUUCUACAGGGAUUUGAGGACAUUUGUGCAUCGGAAUGAUGUUAAUAGCUGGAACUGGAGAAAUGUGAUGAGUGGUAAUGUCACAGAAACAGAAACAGUAUUGUAUUUCAUAAAAAAAACACUACUGAAUAAACAUUUUCUCAUGGUAUUUUAA